AUGGGUGACUACUCGAAAGCACUUGAAUUUUACGAAAAAUCACAUAAAAUCUACGAAAAAGCUCUGCCUCCGAAUCAUCCCGAUUUGGCUACUUCCUACAACAACAUCGGUGAAGUGUAUAGAAAAAUGGGUGACUACUCGAAAGCACUUGAAUUUUACGAAAAAUCACUUAAAAUAAGAGAAAAAGCUCUGCCUUCGAAUCAUCCCGAUUUUGCUACUUCCUACAACAACAUCGGUCAUGUGUAUCACAACAUGGGUGACUACUCGAAAGCACUUGAAUUUUACGAAAAAGCACAUCAAAUCUCCGAAAAAGCUCUGCCUCCGAAUCAUCCUCAUUUGGCUGUUUCAAAGCAUGAUAUUGGUCUUAUAUAUGAAAACAUGGGAGAAUACUCGAAGGCCAGUCAGUUUUAUCAACGUGCUGUUGAUAUCGCACAAAUUUCAUUGUCCUCAAAUCAUCCACACUUACAAUUGUAUAGAAAAAACCUUCAGGACGUAAAAAAGAAAAUGUAACUGUAAUUUUUUCUUUUCGCUUGCUCAAUAAAUUUAUUCACAUUGCUAAUCGUUUCGAUUUUUCUCGGUUCAUUUUGGCUUACCUGUGCACGCGCGACAAGGGAAAGAUUCCUUGCCAAUGCCAUAGGUACCACAGGCGGACCACGCCGGACUGAUAGGGCAAUGGCCGAAGGUAUACCGUAUGAACGAUAGGGACUAACGACACAUAAAGGCCUUCCCUAGCACUACACUGCUUCGCUAUGGCACGAAAGUUCCUGUCCCUAUUGAAUCAGACAACGUAGUUCUCUGACCCACACUAAUAACUCAACUCAUCUCAAAAGUACUCAUACUCAUAAUAACUGAUAGUAUUUAUUUUUUCUCAAAAUAACUUAUCUCAACUCAACUCAAUUGAAUAUGUAAAAAAAUUUUUUUUUCUUACUUCUCAAUAUUGUAUAGUAUCAAAACUCAUCUAAAAAAAAAGAAAAAAAAAAGUAUUAUUAAAUAUAUAAUGAAUUUAUUAUUUACCUCAUAUAGAAUUUAAUAAUAUAAUUAUCAUUGUAAAUAAUAUAAUAGUAAUAAUAAAUAAUAAUCCCGGGUAUAUAAAUACAUUGUAAUGCAUUAUAAUAAUACAACUCGAGUGUAUACUGUUUCAUAAUGAUGUAUUCAUGUUUUUAUAUACCCUGAGAUUAAUUGACCGAUGUUCAAAAUUUUGAUUGAUUUUUUAUCAAUCAUUUCACUUCUGUUUUAAUUGAUUUGAUGAUUUUUUUUUCUCGUCUGACAUACAUCUAUAUCAUGUCAUCGUCGACGAAAAAAAAUUUUCAUGUUACAUAUAUAUAGAGGGUGUUGUCUUUCUCCUUCACAUUGCUCGUCUUCAAAUAAGAAUACAAGACAAGAGAAUUCAUCAACUCGAAUAAUUUAAAAAAUAGGUGUGUUUUAUUUUUACAAAAUGUGAUCUUUAUUUUAAGAAUGUCUGAAAUAUAUACAUGUCUAAAUUAUAUAGAAUAAGACAGCGUUUGUCUCUCUACUGAACAAUAUAUUUUUUAUUGGACGUCUUCAUUAUCUUCAAUAUAUAUGUAUUUGAGACAUUUUUUCACGUAUAGUUUUUCGACUUUUCUUUAAAGAAAUGUUAGUUGUGCAGAAAUUGAAAUUUCUACACAUUUAAGAUUGAUGAAUUCCUUUCAUUUCAAGUGAUUUUCAUCGUUACUAAAUUUUAUUUUCAUUGGAAUAUAGUGCUUCUCAGGAUGUAUCUUGUUUUCGUCCAGAAUGUAUCAACUUGUACAUAACAAACUAUGAAUGAUGUGUAUUCACUCAUAUUGUCAUAUUUAUCGAUAUAGUAAUGAAUAUAUAAACAGCUAUGAAUUCAUCUCAAAAUAAUCUCCUGAUGAUAGAGUAUAUCAUAUUUGUACUCUUUAAAUUUUCAAGAUUUGUCGAUGAAAACAAAAUUCAUCAUUAUAAACAUUUUGAACAAACAAUUGUAAUGUAAAAGUAAUAUUAUUUCCAGAUUUUUAUACGAAACUGUAUAUCAGACAAAGUAUUAGUACAAAAAAGAGGCAUUUUUCGUUUAGAUAUAAUGAAUGUUAUUGCCUUUAUAUGUUCCACUUUCUUAAUUGAAUUAUUAA